GGCGCAUUGGAACUCCGCUUCAACAUCCAAUUUCGAUACAAUUCUUGUCUACGACCUUCUGAGCGACUGUCAAGCCGGAUUGACCUCCCGAAGGCAUCAUAUAAUCCGCCACACUACACUGCACCUACAAACAGAGUUAAUCUGAUCCGUGACCAAACCAAAAAUCACGCGCAACGCGCCACUUGAGCGCCGCCGAGUUUAAGUUUCGCCUGCAACGUUCAAAAAGCAGUGCCAGUUCAGAUUCCCAAGAUGCCAAAAUUCUUCUGUGAUUAUUGCGAUGUGUACCUCACGCACGACUCGAUGAGCGUGCGCAAGGCGCACAAUGCAGGAAGGAACCAUCUAAGGAACGUGUUGGAAUACUAUCAACAAAUCGGACAAGAGAAGGCCCAAUCCGUCAUCGACUCCAUCACCUCGUCGUAUGCCGCCGAAGGCCAGGCCGUACCGAACCCCGCGAUGGCUCCUCCAGGCGCCUUCCCCCCUCCAUUCCCAUUCCCUGGACGUCCAGGCCAACUGCCACCUCCUCCAUUCGGAUUCCCCCCGCCAGGAGGACCAAAUGGCGCCCCGGGCAUGCCUCCUCCCCCGGGAGCAAAGGGCCUCCCUUUCCCACCUCCCUUCCCCCCAGCAUCAGGCGCUCCAGGCAGCCUCCCACCUCUCCCCAACAUGCCCGCAGGAAACGUCCCCUUCCCCCCACCACCAGGCGGCUUCCCCCCGAACUUCCAAAUCCCAGCCCCUGGCGCUCCCGGCUUUCCCCCAAUGCCUGGUGCCGUCCCCGGCCAACCUGGUUUCAGCCCCGGCUCUACCCCCGGUAUAACCGGUCCCCCAGGCCAAGACGGCGGGUAUGCGCCCCCGCCCGGUGCAGGCUCAGCGAAUCUCCCCGGGCCGCCGCCGGGAUUGGGCGAGCCUCGUUGAUUUGUUUCGUGGAUGGAUGGGAAUGUCUAACUAUUGGGUUUUAUGUUUGGGGUUUAUGCUGCAAAUUUAAACUAUACCUUGCCUUGUUGCUUUUCUUUAUCUUAUUUUGUUAAAGUUGUGUUUCUACUAGAGUUCUGUUUCCGGCGUGCGGACUUCGGUAUAUGGUGUUUUUCUUUGAAAAAAACUUUUGUCUACUGAGAACUGAAUAGUUGGGAGAGAGCAAUCAGAAACAGUAUUAUGGUUAUGUUUACUAUUAUUAGAG